GGUGUUUGAUGAUGUCUCUUCCCCGCUGCCGACUUGUCGGUGUUUAUCACAUUUAGGUGUCGCUGUUGGCCAAAUUUACGCGCCGCGGGGGUCGUCGACUUGUCCCAACUCCGCUCCCGUGAAUGAGUAACGAUGCGGCGGGGACGCCAGUUAUCGCGAGCCGGCUCCACGGCGACCAGCCGCCGAUGAGAGCGACAUUGACGGCGGAGCGGAGCCGCGGCAGGCUGACUGCGGAAAAAGGCGAGCCUGACUGCCGCAGACUGGCGGGCACACGCGCGGCGAGGAGGACACGCUCCGUGGCGUAGAGGAAGGACAGCACCGUGACGUGACCGCCAUGUCCAUUCACAUCGUGGCUCUGGGGAGCGAGUGUCCCGGCGGAGUCGGCCAAGGGGAAGAGAUCAUGGGCCAGGGCCAGCUACAAGGAGGGCUGCUGUGGAGCUACCUGGGUCACGGGGCCCUGGUGGGUCCCAGUGAUCUGGAGAGUAGCCUCCACAACCCGGCCUUCAUGGAGUACACCUCGCAGGUCUUCGGGGAUGUCACUGUGGUGGUCCAAGACUGUCCCAGCUGGGACCUGUUGGACAGCGAGUGGGCCAGCGUGCGGAAAGUUCUUGAGCAGGCGGACAUCCUGGUCAUUAAGUAUUCCGUGACGGACAAGCUGACCUUCCAACAGCUCAGGAAUGGUUACGCUCCGAGGCUCCGCCCACUCUUGAGGCACUGGGGCGUGCCCGUCAUCCUGGUUGCAGUCGGCGCUCGGCUGAAUGACGAGGGACCUCCCUGUACGUGCCCGCUGUGUGCGUCUGACUGGAGCAGCUGUGUGCCUCACAGUGAAGGUCUGCAGCUGUCCCGGGACCUGGGGGCCACCUACCUGGAGUUACCCUCGCUCAACCAUGUGUUCGUGGGUCGCUACUUUGGCAGCGUGCUGGAGUACUUCAUGAUUCAGUGUCUGAAACACAAAGUCAAAGAGAAGCCAGAGAAGAGGCGAGGAAAUAAAAUCAACGAUCUCCGUCCGCCUCACUUGGAACAACCAGCUCGCCUCCCUCCUAUCCGAGUAGAAGAGUCCAGUUUUUCCCAGGACAUGCAGUGGCUGCUGGAGCGCGGCGUGCAGUUCGCCGACGUGGCCUUCUACGCAGGGGACUCUGGGAAAGAGCUGGGCUGGGCCCACGCCUCCGUGCUCUGCGCCGUCAGCCCGUAUUUCCGACAGCUGCUCCUGGGGCCCAAGACCAGGGAACGUCCACAGUCCCGCUGCAUCUGCAGGGAGAGGGACGCAACACCCCAUUCCUUACUCUCCACCUGGGACGGGGGGAUUAUUGAUGACAUGCCCAGAUCUGACGGCCACAUGGCUGGUCGCCUCUCUCGUCUGGUGGUGAAGGACCCCCUGCUGUGUAUGUGCUUGUGGGAGACCCUCAUGUUCAUCUACAGAGGCGCGUGGGAGUGGGAGCACCUCCAAGAGGCCUUGGAGGAGAAGCUGAAGAACUCCCUGGCCGUGGCUCAGCUGAUGGAGCGCAUACGAUCCCUUAUUGGCAGAGAGAGGGGAGCCAGAGACACCCCGAGUGCACGAGCGGCCCAGCUGGGCCCCCAGACCCUGGUCAACCUCUUCAAUUCCCCUCUCUACUCGGACGUCAUCUUCAUGGUGCAGGGGAGUGUGUUGCCAGCUCACCGAGCAGUCCUGGUAGCUCGCUGUGACGUCAUGGCGGCGAUGUUUAGUGGGAAGUACGCCGAGGCCCGCAGCCGAGUAGUGCCCAUCCAUGGCGUCUCCUCAGACACCUUCCUGUCCUUCCUGGAGUACCUCUACACUGACUCCUGCUGUCCUGCCAGUGUGUUGCAGGCCAUGGCCGUGCUGGUGUGUGCGGAGAUGUACCAGGUGAAGCGACUGCAGCACCUGUGUGAGGUGUGUGUGUGCGCCUACCUUCAGAGCAUGCCCAGCAGAGAGCUGGCAUCCACGGGCAUCAGCGUGGUUCGACUGCUGCGCCAGGCAAAGUGCCACAAUGCAGAGCAGCUCUACGUGUGGCUGCUACACUUCAUCGCCAACAACUACCUGAUCUUCAGCCACAAGCCCGACUUCUUGGAGCUCUCAGAGGAGGAGCGGGAGCAGGUGGAGAGGCUGCGCUGGCCAUCCAGAGGAUAUCUGCAGGAGCUCAGCGAGUAUCAGCAGCGGCGACGCAAAUUACGCAAGUCUCGCUGCCUGGUCAUGUGACAUCACCUGGACGCCAAAGGACUAUAAUGCAGGGAAAAACAAGGACACAGUAAGACCGUUAUUAUUAUUUUUGUUUUUUACAGAGACACUGUGGCAGAGUUAUUCCCUUUACUGGGAGCAGUGACAUUCCCACUAUGACUGCACAGCAGUAAGAAACCACAUGACUGCCCCGUGGAAGAAGGCGUUUCAGGUUGUAAAUGACAUCAAGUACUUCAAACAAUAACCGGACUUCACCGUGGACCAGCAGCAGGAAGCUGUAGUGGUUUAUUUAUUUUUUUUAGUGUGUAGCUGCGCCUUUGUGGACGCCAUCAAACAUGUGUGUGUCUUGCAGGGGAUGGACCUGUCAAGUGGCUUUAUUUGCACCUCAUUCAGCAGAGCAGUGACCUAUGUUGACAUUCAGAGAUGUGACAGCCAUCAGUCUGAGCUGCAACACACUUCUGUUCCACUUCAUUUGGCUCACAUUUAAUGGAUGCUUCCCAAGAGAUUUGAUGACUUAACGACAUGGCGCUGCAUUCGGUUAUCGUGGAGUCAGAUGUGCUUCUGGAAUUACAGUACAUUCGGAAAGUAUUCACGACGCUUCACUUUUUCCGUAUUUUGUUAUGUUGUGGCCUUAUUCCAAAAUAAUGAUCCUCAAAAUUCUCCCCACAAUACCCCAUUAUGACAAUGUGAAAGUUUGUUUUUGAAUUUUUCUAAUAAAAAUCACAUGCGUAAGUAUUCACUAGGGGUGUAACGGUACACAACAAUUCCGGUUCGGUACGUACCUCGGUUUAGAGGUCAUGGUUCGGUUCAUUUUCAGUACAGUAAGAAAACAACAAAAUAUACAUUUUUUAGGUACCGCAUU